AGCAAGCCCUGUUUCAAAGCCUAUAAAUACCACCCUCAGUUACUCAUCUUUACACUGUGAUAGAAAGAAAAAUGGAGAUCCCUGUGAUAGAUUUCAGUGAUCUCGAAGGUGAGAAGAGGGAAAAAACAAUGGCGCUUCUGCAUCAAGCUUGUGAGAAAUGGGGCUUCUUUCAGGUUGAGAACCAUGGAAUAGACAAGAAGUUGAUGGAAAAGGUGAAGCAGCUGGUGAACUCACACUAUGAACAUAACUUGAAGGAAAGCUUCUAUGAGUCAGAGAUGGCUAAAAGGUUGAACAGCAAAGAUAAUUUAAAUGAUAUGGACUGGGAAAGCACCUUUUUUAUCUGGCAUCAUCCAAAAUCUAACAUCAAUGAAAUUACAAAUCUAUCUGAGGAUCUUCGCAAAACAAUGGACGAGUACAUCGCUCAACUAAUUAAGCUAGCAGAGAAGCUUUCUGAACUAAUGUGCGAGAACCUUGGUUUAGAGAAAGAUUAUAUAAUGAAAACAUUCUCGGGAGAGAAAGGUCCUUCUGUGGGGACAAAAGUGGCAAAAUAUCCUCAAUGUCCUCGUCCAGAGCUUGUGAGAGGGCUUCGAGAACACACUGAUGCUGGAGGGAUCAUCCUCCUCCUCCAAGACGACCAAGUUCCAGGUCUUGAAUUCUUGAAAGAUGGAGAAUGGAUAAAAAUCCCACCAUCUAAAAACAACACCAUCUUUGUCAACACAGGUGACCAAGUGGAAGUGCUGAGUAAUGGAAGUUACAAAAGUGCGUUGCAUCGUGUAAUGGCUGGGGAGGAAGGAAGCAGACUCUCCAUUGCAACCUUCUACAAUCCUGCUGGUGAGGCCAUUAUUUCUCCGGCUCCCAAACUCUUAUACCCCAAUAACUACAGUUUUCAGGAUUACCUGAAGCUCUAUGCCACCACGAAGUUCUCAGACAAAAGCCCCAGAUUCGAGUCAGUGAAGAAGAUGACCAAUGGCCACCACAAUAGUCUUAUAUAAAAGUAUCAGUUACUUAGGCUACGGAUACUAUGUAAGGGGUUUAUUUGUCAGUUUGACGUUACAUUUUCUUAUUUCUAUAGAAGAAUGUGUUUUUAUUUUUGCCCAACUAGGAAAGAGAGUUAUGCUGUUGGAUUUCUUGAGAAUGUAACAAAUGAUGCUCUCUAUCCUUCAUUUAUCAUUUAUCUGUAUUGAAGUAU